AUGACAUUAACAGAAUAUGUGGCCUCUCUGUCAGCAAAUCCAUAUUUUGGUGCUGGUUUCGGAUUAUUCGGUGUCGGAGCUGGAGCCGCUAUAUUACGAAAGGGAUUCCAGACUUCUGUAUUAUUAUUUCGGAGACAUUGUAUGAUUACCCUCGAAGUACCUUGCAGGGAUAAAUCAUAUCAAUGGCUUUUGCAGUGGAUUACACAAAAGGGAGCAAAACAAACACAACAUCUAAGUGUUGAGACCUCAUUUCUUCAAAAAGAUACAGGCCAAAUUAAAACGAAAUAUGAUUUUAUCCCUAGUGUUGGUCAGCAUUUUUUCAGGUAUGCAGGAGCCUGGAUUAAAGUGGAUCGAGUUAGAGAACAGCAUACACUUGAUCUUCAUAUGGGUGUUCCAUGGGAAACUGUCACUUUGACUUCUUUUGGAAGGAAUAGACAGCUCUUUUAUAACAUACUUGAAGAAGCAAGAACAAUGGCUUUAAAGCAGCACGAAGGUAUGACUGUUAUGUACACAGCAAUGGGAUCUGAAUGGCGACCAUUUGGUCAUCCUCGCCGAAGAAGACCUUUAAAAAGUGUGGUUUUGCGUGCUGGUCUCACAGACAAAAUUGUAAAAGAUUGUUUAGACUUCAUUGAUAACCCUAAUUGGUAUACUGAUAGAGGAAUUCCUUAUAGACGAGGAUAUUUACUAUAUGGGCCUCCAGGUUGCGGUAAAUCUUCAUUUAUAAUGGCUUUGGCAGGAGAAUUGGAAUAUAAUAUUUGUGUGUUGAAUUUGUCUGAAAGAGGCCUUACUGAUGAUAGGUUAAAUCAUCUUCUGAGUGUAGCCCCCCAGCAAUCUAUAAUUCUUCUAGAAGAUAUCGAUGCCGCGUUCGUCUCACGCGAUGACACGACGCAACAGAAAGCAGCAUUUGAAGGGCUUAACCGAGUUACCUUUAGUGGACUCUUGAAUUGCCUAGAUGGCGUCGCCUCCACUGAAGCAAGAAUCGUUUUCAUGACCACUAAUUAUCUAGAAAGGUUAGAUCCAGCUUUGAUUAGACCAGGUCGUGUAGACAUGAAGGAAUAUGUUGGAUACUGUGACCAUGAGCAAGUAGAACUAAUGUUUCUAAGAUUCUACAAAGAAGCAGAACAUGCAAAAAUAUUUGCGAAAAAAGUAAUGGAGAAGCAAAAGAAUGUAAGCCCAGCGCAGGUACAAGGCUACUUCAUGUUCCACAAACAUUCUAGUCCAGAUGAAGUUCUGUCAAAUGUAGAUGCAUUAUGGACGCUCGGU